AUGCCCCCUAGCUCGAGAUACCGUCUCCUGCGUCGUUCAUGGAGUGGCCUAUCGCUUGCAGACAGGCUUCUUCCUAUUGCCAUUAUUUUAGCAAUUGUUCUAGGUGUUUUACUUUCUGUCUUUGUUCCCAGUUCGAGAGAUAGAUUCGAAGGUUCCGAAAUUAUGGGGGUAUCGAUUCCACUGGCCAUAGGGCUUAUUAUAAUGAUGGUACCUCCACUAUGUAAGGUGGAAUGGGAACGAAUUCAUGAAUUAAUCGUGCAAAAAAAAUACAUAAACCACAUUAUCAUAUCAUUAACUCUAAACUGGAUUAUAUGUCCGUUUCUAAUGUUCGGUUUGGCCUGGUUGACAUUAUUCGACAAGCCGGAGUACCGUAUUGGUAUAAUCAUGAUUGGACUAGCUAGGUGUAUUGCCAUGGUUUUGGUGUGGAACGAUAUAGCUGAUGGCGAUACUAAUUUGUGUGCAAUACUAGUAUUAAUCAAUAGCGUUUUGCAGAUUGUCCUAUAUGCCCCCUACCAAAUAUUCUUUUGCUAUGUGAUAACAGGGGAUCAUCAUAAUAUGAAGAACAGCGGUGUUUCUUAUUCAUUGGUUGCCAAAUGUGUUGGUUUUUUUCUAGGUAUACCUUUGGGAUUUGGAUUGUUGGUAAGACUUCUCGCUUUCUAUACUAUUGGUUUGAAUAUGUUUAAAAAGAAGGUGUUGAAGAAUAUAUCGCCAUUUUCUUUAAUAGGUUUAGUAUACACAAUCGUUGUUAUUUUUAUCGAAAGAGGAAAUUCAUUUAUAAAGGAAAUCAGAACAGCCCUUCGUUGCUUUGUUCCCCUUGUCUGCUAUUUUUUUAUUUCUUGGAUGGGUACCUUCUUCCUAGUCAGGUGGAUAUUUGGAAGGAAAACUCCGAACUUGGAGUUUUUCGAAACUGGGAAUAACCAUGACGAAAUAGAAGAGGAUGAAAAACAAAAGCUUUUGUGCGGUUGUGAAGAAGAGGUCUUGAAUGGCUCAAGACGGAUUGACGGUGUUUGUUCAGCUGAUUACUCGGAAGUGGUAACACAAACUUUCACGGCGGCAUCGAACAAUUUUGAAUUGAGUUUGGCCAUUGCCAUUGCAGUUUUCGGAUCAGGUAGUAAUCAAUCCAUUGCAGCAACCUUUGGCCCACUAUUAGAAGUACCUAUUCUAUUGCUACUUUGUUUUGUGGCCCAGAUUUUUAAGGCCCAUUAUGGCUGGCGUGACAUUCCACCUUGUAAUAUCAACUAG